ACUCCCCCCACCAAAGCCAGUCCCAGAAUGGCGUGGUUUGUGCCUUGUUUGCCCAGCCUGUAACUCUGAAUUUAGCCAGCGUUGGGAGUUUUGAACCAAAUUUAUCACGCCCAAUUGGUUACUUUGUCAAUUAGCAUUGUCCAAGAAGCUAAUUUAACUAAAUAGUUGAAACUAAAGUGAAAUAGUUUUGUGACAUAAAAGUGACCAUCGAUUUACGUGUAGUGCCUGUGUCUGGUGUAAGAACGGUUCACACAGCAGAAACGACUCGUAGUUAACAAUGCACUUGUUAUUUAAUCUACUUUUGGAAAAUAAUGACUUCUGAAGUGGCAGAAGUUCGAGUGGAGUACAUUGAAAAUUCUACGCAGGAAUCCAAACCAACCCCUUCGCCUCUGGCGCUACUGGCUGCGACUUGCAUACGCCUAGGAUCGACCUCGAGCGAGACUCCACCAACAACCACGAUGUCGUCCACUCCUACGCCAGGCACAGUCAAAGCUAUGCCUGUAGGGGCAGGGCCACAGGUAGUGAGCGUCCCGGUAGGCAUACCCCAGCAAUUGCAACAACAACUGUUGCAACAACAAGCCGGAGCCCAGCAGCUGGUUAACGCUGCUGCAGCUGCUGCUGCAAAUCAAAACGCUGCUCUUGCGUAUAACGUGAUGCAGCCAAUGCAAACAGUCACGGUGGACGGACAAGAAGCUUUGUUCAUACCCGCCAUGUCAAUUGCAGGCGCUCAGCAGCCGCAGCAGAUUUUUAGCCAAGGUCAAAUACUUCGUUCCCCCAGCGUUCUCCCGGCUAAUCUUCAGAACCUCCAGAAUCUCCAAAAUCUACAGAGUCUACAGAACCUGCCUACUGUACAAUUGGCUAAUGGUCAAAGCGUCACUGUCCGUCCCAACCUACCCCAAAUGGUACAAUUUCCAAUGCAGCAAACCAUUCCCAUUCAAGUGCCAAUCUCUACGGGAAAUGGCCAAACAGUAUACCAAACAAUUCACUUUCCAGUUCAACUGUCCUCUCCGAUGCCGAAUAUAAUUCAGACACCUCAAUUUGCAAAUAUUUUAACACCAAAUGGACAAAUACAACAACUGCAAAUAGCUACUAGUGUAGCUGCCCCUCAAACGCCAACGUCUAUGGCACAAAGCACUGCCCACAUUGUUGAUGCUCCUCAACUGACAUUUACAGGUGCCAAUGGACAACAGUUUACUGUUAUACCAGCUUCAAAUCUACAACAAGUUAGGGGCGCAACUUUGGGAAAUCUAGGAAAUAUAGGAAAUAUAAUUCAAGUGCCUAACAUUCAAGCAAUACCAAACAUUCAAAAUAUACCAGGUAUCGGAAAUGUACAAGUGAUAACUCAGCAAGCUCCUCAGAUCUCCGUAGGACAACACAUUCAACAAGAUCCCAAUGAUCCAAAUAAAUGGCAGGUGAUACCAAAUGUUACAGCCGCUGCUCAACCAGCCAACCCUGCCCCGCUCACCCCUAGCGUUGUAGUAACUUCUUCACCUAUUGAUAGUAAUACUUCUUCAAUGCAAAAUGACCCUAAUCAAGACGGUUUGCAGAAGCAGAGGGUUAGAAGGGUAGCUUGUACAUGUCCUAACUGUCAAGAAGGCGAACGUCACACUGACCGAAAAAAACAACACAUAUGUCACAUAGCAGGCUGCAACAAAGUAUAUGGUAAAACCAGCCAUCUGAGAGCCCAUCUUCGAUGGCACACCGGUGAACGCCCCUUCGUGUGUACGUGGUUAUUUUGUGGGAAACGGUUCACGAGAUCUGAUGAGCUUCAAAGACAUCGAAGGACACAUACUGGUGAGAAACGGUUUCAAUGUAGUGAGUGUAAUAAGAAGUUUAUGAGGUCGGAUCAUCUAUCAAAACAUCUGAAGACGCAUCAGAAGCAGAGGAUAACACGUCAAGAUUUGACUGAUGACCAAGAUGAGGAUGAUGCCUGGGAACAGGAUCAGCCAGAUCCGGAGCCUGAACCACAAACUGAUAUGAAGCCAGUUUGGAUUACAGAUAGUAAAAACAAUAUCAAAUAUGCUAUCACUCAUGUAAAUUACUCACAGGAGGCUGCUACAUCAACCCAAUCUGCAUCUUCAGAUAGUUCGAGUAAUGAAGAAAAAAUGAUGAUAACAAUUAGUACUUCAGAACCUGAUGAUCUUAUAAUAGCUGAUCCUUUAGAUAGCUGAGCACAAAUGUACAUAGUAACGACCUCUUAAGAUUGUUUAUCGAAUUCAAAUUUUAUUUAAUGUUUGACUAUUUAUUGUAAGUUAGGAACAUUUGUACUUAAUGUUUGUACAGGAAGAAGGAAGAAAUUAUAUACCUAUUUUUAUUAUUA